AUGGUAGCCGUACAGGAGCCAUCCACGCUCACCACUGUCCAUGUGCGUGAUGAAAAGUCUGCCGACGUGGAGGCGCCGAGCCCCUCGGGCGGCGACACCGACACCGACAGUGUCAUCAGCCAGGCCAUCGGCGUGACACGGAUCGAGAGCAUCCAUGCGAUGCUCAGCAACAGCGGCCUCAAGUACUGCCUCUGGGUCAUGAUCGGCGUCAUGUGCAUCGUCUACGCCCUGCAGCAGUCGACCACGGCAGCCUACACCCCGUUCGCGACGUCGGCCUACACGAAGCACACACUCGUGGCCACUAUCGGCGUCAUCUCGGCUGUUGUCGCAGCGAUCACUCAACCCAUCAUGGGGAAGAUUUCAGACCUCGCCUCCCGCCCCGCGGCCCUCUGCGCCGCCGUCACCCUGUUCACCGUCGGCUACAUCAUAGUCGCGUCUAGCAGCCGCGUAUCCGAUGUGGUUGUCGGCCUGGCGCUCAACCAGUUUGGCCAGCUCGGCAUCCGCCAGAUGGAAAUCCUACUCGUUGCCGACAUUACCGUGCUUGAAUGGCGCGGCUUCGGCCAAGCACUCACCUCGGUGCCUUGGGUGCUCUCGGCCUUCAUCUCUGGGUACAUUUCGCAGGGCAUCAACGCGUACUCAGAGGGCGGCUGGCGAUGGGGCUACGGCAUGUUCUGUGCCAUCGUCCCCGUCUGCAUCGCACCCACCAUCAUGUUCUUGUUCUGGGCCCAGCGUCGUGCGCGACCUCAGAUUGAGAUGGCUGUCCAGAGACAGGGAGGCCCCGAGCACGAGACCAAGCUGCAGAGAUUCAAGGCCUUUGUCAUCCAGGUCGACAUUGUCGGUCUGCUCCUCAUUGGCACGUCGUUUGCCUGUCUCCUUGCCCCCGGCACCCUCCGCACAACCGCCAAGGGCGGCUUUGCGAAUCCCUCCCUCAUCGCCCUCUACGUCGUCGGCGGCGUCCUCUUCUUUGCCUUUGGCGUGUGGGAAUACUUCUUCGUCAAGCACGGUCUCAUGCCGCGGCGCUUGAUGAACCGGACAUUUGUCUGUUGCAUGCUGCUCGACUUUCAGUACUACUUCACCCGCCGCCUGGGCGAGACGUACGACCUCUCGUGGGUGUACAUUAUCAAGCCCGAGUGGAGCGCCCGCAACUACACGUUCUACGGCAACAUCAUGAUCACAGGGUUGUGCGUCUUUGCCCUUGUCGCAGGCAUCUUCAUGCGCAUGACCCACGGGUACAAGCGCGUUCAGCUGGCCGGGCUCGCGAUCAGGUCGAUUGGCCAGGGCAUCCAGUACCUCUCCACGCAGGGCAGUCAGCCCACUGCCACCCUUGUCAUUGGCCGUAUCCUCAUGUCCGCCGGCGGAGGAACGCUGUUCAUCACGACUCAAGUUGCCGCGCAGGCAUCCGUCCCUCACGCCGACAUGGCCAUGGCUGUGGCCAUUAUCGGCCUAUGGACCCAGCUCGGCGGUGGUAUCGGCGCAGCCAUCUCCGGCGCCGUUUGGAACGAGCGCGUACCAGCCAAUCUCGCCAAGUACAUUGGCGACACGCACAACGCGACCCAGCGCGCCGAGAUCUUCGGGUCCCUCCUCAAUGCUCGCAAGGCCGAACCCCAUGCGCUGAUCAACCUCGCCUACACCGAGGCCAUUCGCCCGCUCUACUUGGCCGCUCUCGUCGUCUCCCUCCUCGCCUUCAUCCCAGCCCUCCUGACUCGCGAAAUCUACCUCGGCAAGGAGCACAACGAAGUCGAGGGCCGUAAACAGGCGCUUGAGGGGCCGAGUCCGUCUGACACGAAGGGGUCGGCGUGAGAAGAGGGUUGCGUCACCCCAC